CGGAAAUUGAGAGGAACUGAGGAAGAGCAAAAGCUUCUUCGAAACUAUGGAGUGUGCCGGGAAGAGACAGGGGACUCGGUGCACAGGACCAGUCACAAGAAGAUGUGCUCGCUGUGGAGCUGUUGCUUAUUGCUCUGUUUCUCAUCAGAUUGUGCAUUGGCCUGCUCAUAAAGAAGAGUGCGGAAGGUUGGAGCAACAUAUGAAGCAUAUGGAUAUCUUGAAUGAGUUUCCUUUCACUUUUACUCAAGAAGCAACUGUUCAGGUGUGUGAAAAGCUGGAGACUAGGUGUUCAGUCUUGAAAAAAAGAGGGGUCCAUCAAAUGGGAAUGUGGUUGUAUGAAUGUUGUUGUGGGAAUUCAGUUAUUUCCUUUGAUUGUUCAAGGUUAAAUAAUUCUUGGGAUCUCUCAAAUACCUUUUGCCCAUGUACUGAGCCUUUAUCUAUGAUAUCAAAGCAUUUAACCAGUUGGAAGGAGUACUAUGAAUGGAGGUCCAUCCCACUGCAUUCACCUGUUUCUUUGCUACUCCACCGGCCUCUUACAAUUUACUAUGCCACUCAAGUAGCUGGUUUAGGAAGGUGGACUUCUGGAAUCAGCCACAAAUUGCACAUACACUAUCUUGGCCCUGAGAAAGAGCUUCUUCAGCUUUCUGUCUUCUCAGAGUUGCAUGCACUUUUUCCUAAUGUGCACGUGCAUAUAGAGCUUGUUGGGCCUGCAAUUCCACAACAUAGAGAUGGUGAGAUGAUCGAGCUAUGCAAUUAUGCCCAUUGCCUUGAUAGAGAUUGCGUAUGUAAAUCCUCAAGUGAGACUGUCAGCUGGGAUGCACAUACUAGUAAACCUUCAACAGUUACAUUGCAACUUAGAAGCGGCUUUUAUCAUGACCGUUACAAGGAUAUCGCUCAGGAUUCAUCUCCGCACUUAAUUGUUGCUCCAAAUGCAGGAAUUGCUGCUUAUUCAAGCUGGCUACCAACUAUUGAGCUAAUAAAGGAUAUGGAUAUCCCAGCAGUUUUUUCCGAUUACUGCAAAGAAGCUUGUCAUCUUGGAGCUAGUUGCAUAACUGGUGUAACUGGCUGUCCUCUCAAUAUCCCUAUUCAAUUAAAUCCAUUCAGGCAACCAAUGGUGGUGGAAGACAGCGUUCUCUUGCUUCCUUGCUACUCGAAUUGCUUCCUCUACGGGAUGUCAAAGUGGUCUGUCUAAAAUUAUACCUUGUCUCGAAGACUCUGUUGGCUUCUUCAAAUAAGUCGCUGCGUCUCUCAGAUCGAAAGGACAAGUUGUCAAGGUAGACAAGAUUUGGUACGUGAUAACAUUCUCUCCAAAUGUUGAAUUUCCAGUUGCAGUUUAUGUGACAUCAAAGUGCCUGAGCAGGUCGAGAUUUGACCAAAUCGACACAAUCUCUAACGCUGUUGUGAGAUGUAAUCAAAUGUGUUGAAAUGCACGUAAAUAAUAUGUAAUCUGGUGUUUUAGAACCUUUUCAAUUAUGCUGGGGGUGUUUUUGAA